UGUCCCCAUCAGCGUGCCCCUUACAUCAAAUGUCCCCAUCAGAGUGCCCCCUUACAUAAACUGUCCCAUCAGAGCGCCCCCUUACAUCAACUGUCCCCAUCAGAGCGCCCCUUACAUAAACUGUCCCCAUCAGAGUGCCCCCUUACAUCAACUGUCCCCAUCAGAGUGCCCCCUUACAUCAACUGUCCCAUCAGAGUGCCCCCUUACAUCAACUGUCCCAUCAGAGUGCCCCCUUACAUAAACUGUCCCAUCAGAGUACCCUCUUACAUCAGCUGUCCCCAUCAGAGUGCCCCCUUACAUCAGGUGUCCCCAUCAGAGCGCCCCCUUACAUCAGGUGUCCCCAUCAGAGAGCCCCCUUACAUCAGGUGUCCCCAUCAGAGAGCCCCCUUACAUCAGAUGUCCCAUCAGAGAGCUCCCCUUACAUCAACUGUCCCCAUCAGAGUGCCCCUUACAUCAACUGUCCCCAUCAGAGUGCCCCCUUAC